AAUUUUCUCAUGUUCGUCAUUACUAAAUGAUCGAAUGCGUGCGACGACCGAGAAAGUGGACAUCUGAAAUUUCAUUGCCACAACUGCCAGUGAAAGUGAAGCGUUUUAGAAUAAUCAAAUAAAAGUGCGAAGCAAUGAAGUUGGAAUUCUGCCUAGUCCUUUUACAUAUUCUGCUGCUAUCACCUCUCCCUUCAACAUCAGAAUCAUCUGAUAAAAGACUCCGGAUUUUGGGGGCCUUCGCUCACCCUGGAAAAAGUCACUUCGCUGUCUUCAAACCACUUCUGGAAGAGCUAGCCAAUCGUGGCCACGACGUGACAGUUAUCUCGUACUUCCCCAGAAGCAACUCAUCACCACCGCUGCCAAAUUACAAAGACAUCGAUCUUGCUGGUGAAGACAACAUCUUCGUGGAGGUCGUGGACUUGCAGACAUUGGAUUACUCUCUCCUGAGAGAAUUCAUGCUUCUUCGUCACUGGGGUCUGGAGUGCUGCCAACGGAGUUUGGACAACAAAGAUGUCCAGAGGCUCAUAAAGUCCAAUGCCAAGUUCGAUCUCAUUAUUACAGAAGUAUUCAACAGCGACUGCUUUCUCGGAUUUGUCCAUCGGUUUAAAGCACCAUUCAUUGGUUUAUCCUCCCACGUACUCAUGCCCUGGGCCAAUGGUAGGCUCUCCAACGAACGCAAUCCAAGUUAUGUGCCAAUUUUAUUUCUGGGAUAUGGGCCAAAAAUGGGGUUUAUGGAGAGAGUUGAGAAUUAUCUUGCCCACAAGAUCUUUAACUUUGCUUAUGGGGUGUUCUGUAAUGGACCGACGCAGAAGCUCGUGGAGGAGGCGUUUGGACCCAAUGUGCCAGCUCUUGAUGACAUUGCCAAGAAUAUUUCAGCGAUUCUUGUGAAUUCGCACUAUUCCCUGCAUGGAGCUGCGCCAAAUCUACCGAAUAUUGUGGAAGUGGGGGGUCUCCAUAUCCCAGAGAAGCACCAGCCAUUGCCUGCGGAUAUUCAGAAGUUCCUCGAUGAUGCCAGUGAAGGGGUUGUCUUUUUCAGUUGGGGAUCCAUGAUCAAGGCUAGCUCCAUGGAUCAGCGCACUUUGGGGGAGGUUCUCCAGGCUCUCGGAAGUAUUCCCUGGAAGGUUCUUUGGAAGUGGGAGGAUGAACAUCUCCCUGGCAAGCCGGAUAAUGUCAUGGUCAAGAAGUGGGUGCCGCAAGCUGCUAUUCUUCGUCAUCCCAAUGUAAAAUGUUAUCUCGCCCAUGGGGGUCUCCUCGGUCUGAGUGAGGGUGUCAGCGCUGGUGUUCCCAUGGUGGUCGUACCCAUGUAUGGAGACCAAUUUAACAAUGCUGCUGCAGCUAGAAGUCGAGGUGUAGCCCAAGUUUUGGAGUGGAAUAAUCUGAAUGGGAAAACUUUGAAAGCUGCAAUUGACAGGGUAUUCAAUGAUCCCACAUACAUGGAGAACGCGAAGGCUCUUCAGAAAGUUUGGCACGAUCGUCCCAUGUCACCAGUAGAAACAUCCGUUUGGUGGGCUGAAUACGUCGGGCGUGGACAGAGCAAUCAGUUUCUCAGGACAGCAGCUGCUGACCUCGCUUGGUAUCAAUUAGAACACUUAGAUGUGAUUGGUUUUCUAUUGUUAAUUCUUCUGGUCGUUAUCUUUGCGUUUUACAAGGCACUAAUUGUGAUAUUCAGGAAAAUAUUUCCACCGGAGAAGAGAGUGAACGGAAAUUCAUUAUCCAAAAAACGAAACUAGAUGAAUUAUUUUCAAUCUAGCAUGAAGUGACCGAUUUUUGGGAUGAUUUUAAUUCAGGAGGUGUUUUGUACUGGCAAGCAAUAAAUAUUUUAAUAACUGAUA